AUGGGCGCAGCUGUGCCCGUAACCGCGGCGCUUGCUGCUGCCCAGGCUGGGUCAGUGGGCAUCGGGUUCAGCGGGGGCGGGUUCCUUAUCCCCUUCUUCCUGGGAGUCAUCCACGUGCUAUACAAGGACCUGGGCAUCCUGAGCAGCAACACUCCAGUGGCAGGCGGCUCUGCGGGAUCAAUCGUGGCAAUGACUGCCAAUGGCGUCAUCAACUAUGAGUCCAUGCUGGACGAGGUGCACCGUCUCUCCGCCUUCUGCCGUGGCCACGGCAACUGCUACGGAACGCUACAGUCCGAGGUGAUGGCGUCCGCGGAGCGGCUGCUGCCCCCAGACGCCGCCGAGCGGACCAACAAGCAGGGGCGCACCUAUCUCCAGAUCACAUAUCCCAGCACCUUGGGGCUGGAACCGGCUCAGAGUAGGAGUGUGAAUAAGUUCAAGAGCAGGCCAGACCUCAUUUCGGCUGUGGCCAGCUCGAUCUACAUUCCUUGGUGGGCCGGCCCCAGGGUCGUCACCGAAUUUCGAGGCGACAUGGUGUAUGACGGCUCCUUCAACGGCCCCGGCCCCGGCUUCCUGCCCUGCCCCCCCAACAUCACCUACUGCGUGCGCGUCAGCUCGAUGCCGGCCGGCUUCUCACUCGGCUCCUUCCUCGUCGACAUCCUCACGGCCGGCCCCGCCGCGCUGCCAGUGCUGGGCCCCGUGCUGCGCACCACAAUCCACGGCCCAAACCUGCCGACGCACCUGGCAAACGCGGCGAUUGCCUACCUGACGGGCGAGAAGCUGUCCGUGGCCAGCGAGCCAGGGCAGCUGGCGAAGCUGGUGCACGCGCUGCUGCAGCUGGUGACGCCGGGGGAGGGGGAGGCGGACAUCUGGCCGGGGCGGCGCCACAAGCUGCCCUUCAGCGAGCUGGAAUGGGCGACGGGCAUGAUCAGGCCACUGGAGCCUGCUGGGAUCAAGGCUGUGUUUGAGCUUGGGAAGGCGGAGGCCUUGUCCUGGGCCCAGGAGGCUGGAUUCCUCAAAACCACACGCAACAAGAAUGGCGCUUGA